AUGCCUCUCUUCUGGAAAACAUUUACCAGGCAUAUGCCUGUAUACAGCUACUAUUAUAAUAAAGACAUUGUAAUACAUUUUAUACUCCGCGACACUCCUCGGCCCGUAUACAGAAACUAUUGUAACAAAGACAUUGUAAUACAGUUUAUAACCAGUGUCACUCCUCGGCCCGUAUACAGAAACUAUUGUAACAAAGACAUUGUAAUACAGUUUAUAACCAGUGUCACUCCGCGGCCCAUAUACAGAAACUAUUGUAACAAAGACAUUGUAAUACAUUUUAUACUCCGCGACACUCCUCGGCCCAUAUACAGAAACUAUUGUAACAAAGACAUUGUAAUACAGUUUAUAACCAGUGUCGCUCCUCGGCCCAUAUACAGAAACUAUUGUAACAAAGACAUUGUAAUACAGUUUAUAUACCGCGACACUCCUCGGCCCAUAUACAGAAACUAUUGUAACAAAGACAUUGUAAUACAGUUUAUAACCAGCGACACUCCUCGGCCCAUAUACAGAAACUAUUGUAACAAAGACAUUGUAAUACAGUUUAUAACCAGUGUCACUCCUCGGCCCGUAUACAGAAACUAUUGUAACAAAGACAUUGUAAUACAGUUUAUACUCCGCGACACUCCGCGGCCCAUAUACAGAAACUAUUGUAACAAAGACAUUGUAAUACAGUUUAUAACCAGUGUCACUCCUCGGCCCAUAUACAGAAACUAUUGUAACAAAGACAUUGUAAUACAGUUUAUACUCCGCGACACUCCUCGGCCCGUAUACAGAAACUAUUGUAACAAAGACAUUGUAAUACAUUUUAUAUACCGCGACACUCCUCGGCCCAUAUACAGAAACUAUUGUAACAAAGACAUUGUAAUACAGUUUAUAACCAGUGUCACUCCUCGGCCCAUAUACAGAAACUAUUGUAACAAAGACAUUGUAAUACAGUUUAUACUCCGCGACACUCCGCGGCCCAUAUACAGAAACUAUUGUAACAAAGACAUUGUAAUACAGUUUAUAACCAGUGUCACUCCUCGGCCCAUAUACAGAAACUAUUGUAACAAAGACAUUGUAAUACAGUUUAUAACCAGUGUCACUCCUCGGCCCGUAUACAGAAACUAUUGUAACAAAGACAUUGUAAUACAGUUUAUAACCAGUGUCACUCCUCGGCCCAUAUACAGAAACUAUUGUAACAAAGACAUUGUAAUACAGUUUAUAACCAGUGUCACUCCUCGGCCCGUAUACAGAAACUAUUGUAACAAAGACAUUUCGACAGAAACAUUUUGA